AUUGACUAUUUACUCCAUUAAUAGUAGUAAUAACACACACAUCCUUAGACCCUAAUUUAGGCUCUCAACGGCUCGAGGCACAAUAGUAGCCGUACGAUCAUCCUUUAUUUCUGGUUUGACGUUCUCUUUUAUUCCACAAUCAAAAUUCUAAACCCCUCCUUUGACCCAUUAUUAUAUUUUAACCCAAUUUUCUUGUAGCCGUUAGAAAUUUAUGACUUGAGUCUUCUUCAAUAAAAUUCCCCUUACUUUUACAAGAACACCACCAAAUCACCAUGACUUGCAAUAAAGAAAUUUUUUCCACAAAUUCUGAUCAUCCAAUUGAAUUGGGAAUUUAUAGUACGGUUUUAAAAUCAUGUAAUUUACAAUCUUUUGAAGAAAAACCUGGUCUCUCUUUGUCUUUGAAGCGUAAAAGACCCCCUAAAAUUCAGAUCCCAAAUGUAUUACAAGAAAUUUCUAUUGAAACCCAGUUGAAAUUUGGGUGUUCUCCGGUUAAAAAUGAUAGCAUUUGUUGUUUUGAAGAUUUGGGUGUUGGGGUUUAUUCAAUCAAAGGCAAGAAAAAGUUUAUGGAAGACACCCAUAAGAUUGUUUCUUCUGUAAAUGGAAAUUCCAAGAAGGGUUUUUUUGGAGUUUAUGAUGGACAUGGAGGAAGAAAAGCAGCAGCGUUUGUAGCAGAUAAUUUACAUAAGAAUGUACUGGAUAUGCUUGAUAACUCAGUUGGGAAAAUGGCUAAGGAGGAAGCAGUAAAAGCAGCUUAUUUUAAAACAGAUAAGGAAUUCUUAGGACAGGACGUAGGCAGUGGUGCCUGUUGUGUUACAGUUCUGAUUGAAGGGACUGAAAUGGUUGUUUCAAAUUUGGGAGAUUGUAGAGCUGUCCUUUGUAGAGGUGGAGUGGCAGAGCCUCUAACGAAGGACCACAGAGCCGAGAUGGAGGAAGAGCGGAAAAGAAUUGAGGAUAAGGGAGGAUAUGUAGAGUUCCAUAAGGGAGCUUGGAGAGUUCAUGGGAUACUAUCAGUUUCGAGAAGUAUUGGAGAUUCUCAUCUAAAAGAAUGGAUAGUAUCAGAGCCCGAUACAACAAUCCUUGAUUUGACUCCGGACAUGGAUUUUCUUAUCUUGGCUUCUGAUGGACUGUGGGACGAGGUCGGAAACCAAGAGGCCAUUGACAUUGUUCGACAGUCCCGUAUAAUUGAGAAGAAACCUGAACUUCCAUUGAGUGAUUUAGAGAAUAAAAACCAGAGGAGCCUAAAAGAGAAUGAUGAGGAAUAUGCUUGUGUGAGCACAAGCUCCUCUCCAAAGGUCAAAAGAGUUUGCCUUAUGAAGCAGAAAAACAUGAAGACAGAUAUUACUUGCACAGGGAAGGGCGGUUUUUCUGACAUUGACAGCGAAAAUGAGAGCCCUCCUGCAAAGUUACGAAGAACUUCAUUGUUUGCGCACAAGAGCACGAUAAUACAUUCUCCGAGGAUAGUAAAUGAGAGAUUGAUUUCAGAGGGCGUUGUAGAUGCUUGUACAAUGAAGGAAAGUGUUUCCGACUUUGAGAGCCCGCCUGCAAAGUUAAGAACUGCGUUUUUUGUGCAUAAGAACUCGAUUAUACAGUCUCCGACAUUAGUGAAUAAGAAGCCAAUUUCAGAGGGCCUUGUAGAUGCUUGCUCAAUGAAAGACAGUCUAGACUUUGAGAGCCCUCCUGCUAAGUUAAGAACAACGUUCUUGGUGCACAAGAACUCGAUUAUACAGUCUCCGAAAAUAGUGAAUAAGAGACCCUUUUCAGAGGGACUUGUAGAUGCUUCCGCAGUAAAGGACAGUCUUUCGGACUUUGAGAGCCAAAAUGAGAGUCCGGCUGCAAAGUUAAGAAGGACUUCAUUGUUCGCGCACAAGAGCAUGAAUCUUCAGUCUCCUAGAACAGAGAAUAAGAGACCGAUUUCAGAGGGUCUUUUAGGUUCUUGCAGAAAGCUAGCUAAUCUUGCUGUAAGUAGAGGCAGUAUGGAUGAUAUUACUGUCAUGUUAGUUGAUCUAAAGCAUUUCAAGUCUGGGAAAACCUAAACAUGUUUUAUUUUGUACCAUGUAAGAUUGAAUUGGAAUCUAGAAGUUUCUAUUUUGUGGAUAGGUAAAUCGAAUCUAGAAGUUUCUAUUUUGUAGAUAAGUAAAUCAUACUUUAAGCAGGAAAGCUCUUGACUCAAGUUUUGUUAUUGAAACCAUCAGUCAUAUGAUCUUUGCAGCAACAUCUUGCCGCAGCUUUUAAUUAUGAUCUUCAUAUAACCAACUUAGCACUUUGCCCUACUCGGACUUGCCUCGCUGAAUGUAUCUAGUAACGAUUGGAUCGGUAAUGUUCGGGCGGGUGAAUUGUGGGUUGGAUCGCUUUCGGUUAUGUGACUCUUGGAUUGGGUCUUUUUUGAUUGGAUCUUUCAGGUUUGGGACGAUUUU